GUCGUGUGAGGACCGGGGCGGCAAGGGAAUGGAGCAGGAGACGGGGUAACGCAUACUCGCACCUUGACGGCUGACCUGCACACUACGUGCUGUGCCUGCGGCCUCUGCAGGUGCGAAGGGCGGUACGAAGGCAAUGGCCAAGGGCGGCAAGGACAAGAACGGCAAGUCCAUCGCCGCCAAGAAUUUGGGUGCGAAGAUGCAUGGGGCACUGGGUCACAUUUCAUGGCAACCGCUAUUCCUACUCGUGGAUGCCUGGUUGGAGGAGAACUGCGGGCAAGGGCGCCGCCCUCCAGGGACAUGGGAGAAGGUGCUGGCGCACUUGCGGCAACUGCCUGAUGGCGCCCACCUCCCGCCCUCCAUCACCGGCACCAUUCUGAAGAAUCGCUACGGUACCAACAAGACGAAGAAGGAGAAGAAGGAGAAGAAGGAGAAGGAGGAGAAGGAGGAGAAGGAGGACGAGAAGGAGGAGUGAGGGACAAGGAGGAGAAGGAGGAGAAGGAGGAGGAGAAGGAGGAGUGAGGGCUGGAGGAGGGCUGGAGGAGGGCUGGAGGAGGGCUGGAGGAGAAGGAGGAGGAGGAGGAGGAGGAGGAGGAGGAGGGAGGAGGGAGGAGGAGGAGGAGGAGGAGGAGGGCACUGGGAGGAGGAUGUGCGGCAAGCCAAGCGUUUGUGCGGCAGGCGGUCCGUCCGACUCCGCGACCGGCUCGUAUGCCUGACGACCACAUUCCUCUUGUUGCUGGCACAAUCUUGCGCAUAAUAUAUGGAGUAGAACCGCGUAGUA